AUGACAUUUAAGUUAGACGAUGGUGGUGGAAGUGCAGGAAAAGAUAAAGAUGCGGGGCCAGGGAAGGGCAUUCUCAAACAGAACUCGAACUCACAAAUGACUGCGAACUUUCUGGAAAGCUCAGGAAUUCGUAUUCCCACCAGAAUAAUGACGAAAAAGGACGUCCUAGAUGGGAACAAUACGACAUCUAGGAUCAACACCUCUAAUUUGCAAAGCAAAGCAAAUAGAAGAGUUUCUUUUGCUCCUGAUGUUACAUUGCACAGUUUUACUUUUGUACCUGAACAAAGCAAUGAAGCCAAAGAACCCAGACGUAGGAAACCCACGAAUAAUAGCCCCACGAAAAAAUUUAGUCAAGAUGACCCUUUUGUAACGUCUACUCAAAUCGAUGAUGUUCGAAGGCAAGAAACCGACGUUAAUGAAGAUGCCGAGGCCUCUGGAAUGGAGUUCACAGAGCCUCUACUGACAACACGCGAUUUUAACAAGGUUUCGCAGGACGAUCUUACUUCAAUGGAAAUGACAGAUAUUUUCCCCCAAAGUAUGAGGCCAGAGGGCCCGGAUAUAGGAGGAAACAUGAAUGAGUCGUCUCAGCAAGUUGACGAAGCUGAAAACAUACGGGAAGAAACCAUGGAAUUAACUGGCAUACAUUAUGUCCACAAUUUAGGUGAUACUUUAGAGGAGACGGACGAAGGAGAACCCAUAGAACUCACGGCCUACGAGACUAACCCGUUUAUUUCAAAUAGUGCUGUGAAAUCCUCAAACCAUGACUUGGAUAAAAGUGAUGGUGAAGAAAAAGGUGCACCGAAACCUGAAAACCAGAUGAAUUCCUCUCAGCCGAUGGAAAUGACUGAAGUGUUCCAUAGUGAUAUACAGGGUGAUGUUGAUACCAGUGAUGAUGGUAAUGAGAUGGAACUGACACAAAUUCAAACACGUUCUAAUCAUAGAAGUCCCCGCAGCCAUAAUGAGGAACUUUCCUAUAAGAAGCAUAUGGCAACGCCCAACAAAAGGCGUAAGCUGGAUGCUGUUUCUCAUUAUGCGGUCUCUGUUACGACACCAGAUAAGGAUGGGGCGGAUGAGAACGAUUUGGAGAUGAUGGAAAAGAUGUCACCGAUCACGUUUAGUGAUGUUGAUAAUAAGGUUGGGACUAAAUCCCAUCGUCCGCCUACAACCGAAAGUGACGUUAAGAACGUUGAUAUUGAAAUCAAUAAUGUUUAUCCAAAAGAUGCGGAAGGCAAGAAUGAGGACGGCAAUAAAGUGCCUGAACUAAUAGAACCUCCAGAAACUGACAAAAGGACGCAAGCUGAUAUGGUAUUUCCCACACAAGACUAUUCUUUACGAGAGUUUAUUGAUGAAGUGGGAGUAGGGUUUUUAGACACUAAACUAAUAGAUGACCUGGAUAAGACAGUUAACUUUCCGCUCAACAGGUCUAAUCUCACAGAGACUCAACGAAUAGAGAAUGCAUUCUCUGCUUACUAUAUCGAUAUACCCAUUUUAGAAGUAGAAGCAUUCAGAUGUAAAGAGCUUUGGAGAAGCGUUAAUGAAUCUAAGAACAAAUUCAAGGACUUUGAGGCCCAAAUUGAUCAAUCUCAUCCCCCUCUUUUGCUCCAAGAGUAUUUUUCUUCAAGUAAUGAAAUAAAGCAAUUAAUGAGGGAUCAACUUCAGUUGGUUAAAGGAUAUUCUAAGUUAGAGGCAGCGAUGGAAUGGUAUGAAUGGAGGAAAAAACAACUGAACGGGUUGGAAUUGGUUUUAGCGGAAAAUUUGAGUAUUUUGAAAGGAGAAUGCGAUAAGUUAAAUGAAGAACUUGGAAAGGUCAACGCUAUAAAAGACAAAAUACGAAAACUUAAUGAAUCAAUAACGGAAGAGAUAAGAUCUUUGAAAAAUUCACCAUCUGGCUCUUACAAACCGACUUUAAUGAACAGGAUCAAAAUUGAGGCUUUUAAGCGAGAAUUAAUUAAGCAUUCCAUAUCUUUAAGGUCCUCUGAUGAUCUUACUCAAGAAAUGCGUUCCAUUAAGUUGACAAUUGCAAAUAAAUCACGCGAUUUGUUGACAUUAAGAAACGAGGUAGCAGCCAUCGACAAGAAAAUGGACAAGCGGAUAUUGUUUACACGCUUUGACAUACCAAAAUUGCGAGAUAGUCUCAAAAUUCUAGAGUCAUUAACGGGCGUACGUUUUCUGAAAUUUUCAAAGGCGACACUUUCAGUAGAGUUUCUUCAAUUGGAUAAUCUGAGAGUAGAUGUUAAUUUAACAACCUUAAGAAACGAUCCUAUCAAGUCUAUGAAUGUCAUUAAUGAUAACAAAGCGGACUCUACGAGUUAUUAUUUUUUCAGAAUACUUUUGCAGAGCGUUGAGCCUGGAGACCAAGAGAACGUAUUUUCCAACUUGUUUAUUGCCAUGAAAAAGUGGAGCCCAUUAUUAAAGUAUAUAAAAUUACUGAAGCUCUUGUUUCCAGUUAAAAUUGUUGAAAGCGAACAUCAUGAAGCGCUUCUACAAUUUAAAGAUUAUGAUAGAAGGAACAAGAAUGCAGUCUUCUACUGCAUAUCCUUAUCAUCUUUUGCCCAGGGAAUAUUCUCAGAAAAUGGGCAGAUUCCGGUGAAAGUUCGCAUAACUUCUCAACAAGACUAUUCGCCAUCACGGGAUGUACUUUCCGAUAGAAUAAUUCACAAAAUAAGUGGAAUCCUCCCUUCAUUCACUAAAAGUAGAAUACAUCUUGAAUUUACAUAA